GUCGCGUCUGAUGGUCUCAGUUCUCUGCUGCAGUACACAGUCAAGUCGGAACUAGCUUACGGGACCCUUUUGUGCUGGGGCAGUAACGUCCUAGGAAUGCAGCAGGAGCCUUGUGUCUUUAGAGUGGUGCCAGCUGAACCUCCGGAUGCGCCCGAGAACUGUACCUUCAGAAACCAUCCCAAUGAAACGUUCUCUGUCAUUUGCGAGGCUGGAUACAACGGGGGUCUGAAGCAAGAGUUCGUGGCUGAGGUCAUCGACAUGCGAACUCGAAGGUUAUUGCUGAACAUCACAGAGCCGACCACUCCUUACUUCCAGCUCGUGGGUCUCGCUGGUGAGACCAGCUUUGUGGUCAGAAUAUACGCCAAGAACUCCAAAGGCCGCUCAGCAAAGAAGAUUAUGCGAGGCUACACUGACAGAGAUUCCACAGAGCGACACAUAGCCCCCGUGAUGGGCCAGCCCUCGGCAAAUAACUUCUCUGACGUGCCUAUCGCCCAAAUUUUGGGAUGCGUCGUCGGUGUCCUCGCGGGAGUCUCGUCUUGA